GAGAAAUAUUUAUUCAUGGCCAAAUAAGUUUGAUUAUUGAUACGACUAAGCAUUUAAUAAUUAACAAAUGCAAAGUGACGUUCUCACAGAUCUCGUUUUUACACAGGAUAAUAAUACAUGAUCAGUUGCCGAUGUGUAUUGAUGUACUUCAGCGAGUCAAGUAAGUGACGACAAAUUUCUUUCAGUCUCACCGUUACGACUGUGGUGCGCGAGUUGAACGAAUAACCAGUAGCAGAUUAAAAUCUGAUAUUUACAAGUCUACAUUUUUGAAUCGUCACAUCGAAAUGAACAACGGGGACACGAACUCGGCCGACAAUGCCGUGAACAGAUGUAAGAAAACAGAUCCCGAGGAGAUUCAGAUAUCGGUGCCAUGGGGUCAUAUAAGUGGCAAAUGGUGGGGUCCUAAAGAGCUCCAACCGAUAGUGGCAUUGCAUGGUCGUCAGGAUAAUGCAGGCAGUUUUGACACAUUGAUACCGUUGCUGCCUAAAAAUGUUUCAUUACUUUGUUUGGAUAUGCCCGGGCAUGGUUUAUCCUCGCAUUAUCCAAAAAGUCAAUUCUAUUAUGUCUAUUGGGACGGUGUCAUGCUUCUUCGUAGAAUCGUUAAACAUUUCAGAUGGAAUAAGGUGAGUCUCCUUGGGCAUUCACUGGGUGGUGCCAUAUCUUUUCUAUAUGCAGCAUCCUAUCCCGAUGAAGUCGAUCUUGUCAUAAGUUUGGAUAUUGUUAGCCCAAACGUAAGGGAUGUCACAAAAACAACUGGAGUCACUGGGGAAUAUAUAGACAAAUUCUUAAAAUACGAAUUAAUGUCGUUGGAUAGCAUACCGUGCUAUGAAUACGAUGAUAUGCUUAAUAUAGUACACACGGCCUAUGAUGGUUCCAUAACAAAGGAAUCAGCGAAAACAUUAAUGAAACGCGGUAUAAUACCAGCAUAUUCAAGAGGAAAAUAUUUCUUUUCCCGUGAUCCGAGGCUAAAGGUCUCACUCUUGGGAAUGUUAUCUCUUGACUUGGUACUUGCUUAUGCAUCUAAGAUAAAAUGCGCUUACCUCAACAUUCGCGCUGUUCCUGGAAUGAAAUUCGAGCAACCUGAAUAUUAUCAUAUAGUAUUGGAAAAAAUAAAGCUGCAAGCUAGGAAAUUCGAGUAUCACGAAGUGGAAGGGACGCAUCAUGUGCAUUUGAAUGAACCCGAAAAGAUUGUGCCUAUAAUAACAAAUUUUCUACUACAGAAUUAUAGACAACAGAAUUAAUAAUGUUUAUGUGCUAAAGCAGCUACUUAAACUUGAUUUUUAUCUCUUAAUGACAAGCGAUAAUAUUAAAGUGCACAUUGGUACAAAUUUGUUUUGAUCUUUUUGUGCACUUAUUGUGCUUAUAUUACAAUUCAUUCAACUUAGCAGUAAUUCAAUGUUCUACGAUGUCGAUCUCAUUGUUAAAUGCGACACAAGGAAGUAAUAAAUUGAUUCAUCGUAUUGGUAGUAUUUAGUGGAACAAAGUGUUUAGCAAGAGAUCAAUGAUCAAUGAGUCUGAUUAAUAUUUACUUUUGAAUUUAAUUGAGGUCUAAAAAUAUGUAUUGCAAUUAGAUCCUCGAAUUACUGAGCAUUUUAUAAACUCUACGUUCUGCUGAACGCAACUAUUGUUCCGUUAUUGAAAGCAAAACGUUUUUGAAGAAAAUGAAUAUUGAUACUUUAAUAAGACAAAAAAAUUUCAUGUGUACUAUUUGCUGGUAUAAAUAAAUAAAAAAUGCAAAUACGUUGAUUUUACAGUUGGAAUCUAUUUAAAAAAAAAAAAAAACAGCUGAGAAAUAUAUUUAUAGAAAAUCAAAGGAAAUCUAACCAUAAAGAACCAAGCACAGGCAUGGUAGUGCUGUAAACGAGAUAGUAAAAAAAAUGUUACCUAUAAAAGAUGUAGGGUAAUAAAUGUAUUAAAUGAUAAUACCCAUUUGACCUUGAACGCAGGUAUUAGGAAGACCUUAGGUCAGCUUCAAAAUCUUAAAUAAAAACCCCAUUUCUUAUUCAAUAUUCAUGUAACUGACAUUGAGAUCUUUUCACAACACUGCAAUAAAGCUUUUUUUAGUUAAAUAUUUUCCGAGAUGAGUUAAAGUUCAGACAUCGCCGGCAUUAACAUUACCCAAGAUAUAUGUAUGAAGAUUGCUCGAUCGAAUUUAUACCUCUUGUAUCCUCCACACAAUACAUUUUCGGUAAUGUUAAUGUCGAUGGUACCUGAACUUUCAACCUAUAUCUCAAAAAGUACUCAACUAGAAGAAGAAACUUUAUUGCAGUAUUACGAAGAGAUCUCGACGUGUUAGCUACAAGAAUAUCGAAUAAAAAUAGAGAUUUUCGCUUAAGAUUUUGAAGUUGACCUUAAGAUAUCUCCUUCAUACUUACGCCCAAAAUCAAAUGGGUAUCGCCGUUUGAUGCAUUUGUCGAAACUCUACAACUUUUGUGGGCACAAUUUUUUUCUCAAAUGUUUCGUUUUUGAGAUAUUUGAUCAUUCCGCGGGACUUUUGGGACACACUGUAUAUUGCGACCAUUGACAUAUGUUUAUGUAUCGAUUGUUAAUGGAGUAGCAUUCGUGUCAUUUAAUCAUCACAUUUUUUGUAUAAAACAACGUUUAUGUGCACGGAUGUAUUGAGUUGAAUAGUAGUAUAAAAUAUUUUUGCUGGCUUGGCAUUUCUAAAAAUAUUUUAUGUAAAAUUCUAUUGUAUGUUCUGUUGAAGCGUAAAUCUUUUUAGUCUUAACAAGAAAGAUUCUGAGGAAAAAGAAGAUUUAUAAGUUCAUAUUUCUGAAUUGAAAUUUAAGCAUCAUACAUGACAAUAUAUUUUCUUUCUGCCAGAUCAUUCUCAUGAACGGGAAAAUCUUAAAGAAAAAAAAAAAAAAAAAUGCGGAAUCGAGAAUAUCGUCAAGUCAUGUCAAUAUGAUUACUCAUUUAAAAUUACAAUGUAUGUAAAAAUGAAUUAUUUAUAUGAAUAUAUUUGUCUUUCAUUGCUGCUUUCA